CAAGUCCAGAAGAAAUCACCUCAAACCCCAACACUCAGCAAUUUGCAUUCUGAGCAUUUCUCCCACAGAUUAAUUGCAGCAAAAGAAUGGCAUCGGCGUGGAGAUUCACCGAACUCCGCCACCUACGAAUCCCCGUUUCAAGGGCCCUAAACCUAAACGGAUCCCGUUCGACGGCCGUCCGAUCAAUGUCAUCGCACGGCGACGAUCACCUCGACAAGCAGGAGGUUGUUGACCGAGUCCUCGAUGUAAUCAAGAGCUUCCCCAAAGUCGAUCCCUCUAAGGUUACCCCGGAUGUUCAUUUUCAGAAUGAUCUAGGAUUGGACAGCUUAGACACUGUGGAGAUUGUGAUGGCUAUUGAGGAAGAAUUUAAGCUCGAAAUUCCCGAUAAGGAGGCUGAUAAGAUCGACUCUUGUCCUCUUGCAAUCGAGUAUGUCUAUAACCACCCAAUGUCCAGCUAAGUUCUGCAGCACAUUUUUCGGUUUUUUUUUUUUUUUUUGUAAUUUAUUUUAAUGCAAUUAGACGUUUUUAUCCAGUCAUUGCUUGACUGUGUGAUGUUGUAGAAAUUUGAUCCCAGGAUGGGAAAUAAUUUGGGGAUUCUUUGAUUAAAAGAACCCCCGAUCAUGCGGGAUUUAAUAAUUUCUUUGACUAAUUACUUUUGCAAAUA